GGAAUAAUUAAGCAGAUCAACCAAAAAACAAAAAGAAUGGGGCAGGGGUGAAGAUAAGAACAAAACAUGGUUUUAUAGAAAAGCUGGCUUGAUAACUAAGUGUUGAAAAACUUAAGAUGAGAAAUGAGAGGCAGAGAGAAAGACCAAAAAAGUUUGUAGGGUAUAAAUUAGGUCUUAAUGGCAGAAAUAAAAAAUAAGGAGCAAAAUCAAGAGGUACCUGAAAGAAGUUAGGAAAGGAUUGGGAAGUUUCAAGAUGGACUCACUAGAUAUAAUCUGUUGGUGGGUAAAGGAGCAGGUUAUAAGGGUAGGGAGCUCAUGAAUUCACCAUUAGGCGAGAGAAAUUCAAGGGGUGGGUGGAAACAUAUUACAAAUGUCUAGUAGGUGGUUUGACAGCAGGUAUAGUGUAGAAGUGACAGCUUAGGGAAAAAAGCAAUAUGUCACUAAAAGGGAUUAAAAGCCCCCAUGUUCUCUUUGGCAAGGGUAUGGGAGGGAAGAAUGCUGAGACAGUGAAGGGGAUAAAUAAAUCAUCACAUGAUGGAUAUACAGUCUCCAUAAUUAAAAAGUAACCAAAGAAGUCAAGGUCACAAAAGUGAGGGAAGCAACAGUUAAUAACAGGGGCCAUCAACAGUGUUGAAAACAGUUAAGAACUCACAGUGGAUGCGGGCUUCCCUGACUUGUUUCUUAAAAAACAAACAAAAUAUCGUGUGAACCUCAAAAGAGAAGUUUCUCUAGAGUGGCAGGGGCAGAGAGGAGGAAACAGGAGGUUGGAGUAACAGUGAUGGUGCAAUGGUGACUGUGAGGGAAGCAGCCCACACUUACUAGCAGCUAAGUGUAAAGAAAAAUAGCUUGAGAGGAAAGUGGUCACUUUAUUAGGAUGGCCAAUGACAUACUCUCAUUUCAAAGCUGUGUUUCAAGUGAGUCUCCAGGAAGGAAAUCCGGAUUGGAAGGCAGAUCAUGCUAACAAAGGAGACAGGCAACAGAGACCUCUUGUCUGGAUUAACGUCAGAAGAAAGACGAGGACAUCUUUCUACUUAACCACAGACAGAAAUGAAAACUGGUGAAAAUACAGGGAAAUCUGGAGGUGAAGAAGUGAGACGCUGUAUCAGUUCACUGGCCCUAUUAUGCUCAGAGAAUGGGCCAGAGGCAAAGUCAUGAGAACAUUCAAGACCUGACUGAUGAAAGCUCAGCAGAUUCUCUAUCAUAAAGAGUGUGAGCAGCUAAACUAAGACAUUAAAAGGAAAAUAACAGAUGCCACUCUACAGCCUGUAAUAACUACCACUUACUGGACACAUUCAAAUCCUUCAGAUCAAGAGUAACCAGGUAGCAGAGAGAGACACGAGCCAUGGACAACCUCAGCUCUGUGGCUGGGAACAGCAGCCAGUGCGGCAGGGACUACAAGAUUACCCAGGUGCUCUUCCCACUCCUCUACACUGUCCUGUUUUUUGCUGGACUCAUCACAAACAGCCUGGCAAUGAGGAUUUUCUUCCAAAUCCGCAGCAAAUCCAACUUUAUUAUUUUCCUUAAGAACACAGUCAUUUCCGACCUCCUCAUGAUUCUGACUUUUCCAUUCAAAAUCCUCAGCGAUACUAAACUGGGAACAGGACCUCUGAGGGCCUUUGUGUGCCAAGUUACCUCUGUCGUGUUCUAUUUCACGAUGUACAUCAGUAUCUCAUUCCUAGGACUAAUAACUAUUGAUCGCUACCAGAAGACCACCAGGCCCUUUAAGACAGCCAACCCCAACAAUCUCUUGGGGGCUAAGAUUCUCUCGGUUGUCAUCUGGGCGUUCAUGUUCUUAAUCUCCUUGCCUAACAUGAUUCUGACCAACAGGAGGCCGAGUGACAAGACUGUGAAGAAAUGCUCAUUUCUGAAGUCAGAGUUUGGUCUGGUCUGGCAUGAAAUAGUCAAUUAUGUCUGUCAAGUCAUUUUCUGGAUUAAUUUUCUAAUUGUCAUCGUAUGCUAUACGCUCAUUACCAAAGAACUGUACAAGUCAUAUGUGAGAACAAGGGGCGCCGGCAAAGUCCCCAAGAAAAAGGUAAACAUCAAGGUUUUCAUUAUCAUUGCUGUAUUUUUUAUAUGUUUUGUUCCAUUCCAUUUUGCCCGAAUUCCCUACACCCUAAGUCAAACCCGGGACGUCUUUGACUGCGCUGCUGAGAAUACUCUGUUCUACGUGAAAGAGAGCACACUCUGGUUAACGUCCUUAAAUGCAUGCCUGGAUCCAUUCAUCUACUUUUUCCUUUGCAAAUCCUUCAAAAACUCAUUGAUGAGUAUGCUGAGAUGUUCCAAUUCUGCACCAUCUCCAUCCCAUGACAACAGGAAAAAAGGACAGGAUGGCAGUGACCCAAGUGAGGAGACACCAAUGUAAAUAAACUGAGAUAACAUUUCAGUCUAUUCGUGUAUAGAACUCCCCAAAGGCAAGCACUAUGUGGAAAAUAUUAACACUGACUAAGAAGUAGCUGAGUUAGCAACAAUAACUCUUGAAACAAGUAAUAAAUAAAAGACUACGAAAGCAAUUUUCAUGUAUUUGUCCAAUACUGAAAGCAAUCUUAAGAAGCAGAGAGGUAACCUAACACGCAGCUGUGUAGCAAAACAAACUGCAUCCAAUCACCACGUACAUGCAAAACUACACACAGGUCAUGAUAUGUAGAGUUUUGACCAAACGGGUAACCAUAUAAUAAUGUAUACUGUAAUUUUAAAAAAUACAUUGAUCGCAAUCCUACUAUGAAUUUAUUAUAAUCAGCUAAGAAUGAUAAAUCUGAUAAAAUCACACCAAUUAUUAUAUACUAAUAUGUAUAUAUACUUAUACAUGCUUAUAUAUAUAUGUAUAUAUUGCAGUCCCUUAACCAAAUGCUGACCUAUGUGAUAUUCCUUAUAAAAAUUUAAGUAAUUGAGACAUGUAAAAAUAGUCAUUACGAACUUCCAAUUAUGAGAAAAAACUUAAGGGAUUUAAACUAAUUGAAAUGGUAACUGAUCAGACUAAAAGGUUGUAAAACUACCUACUCAAGAAAAACAGCAGAAAUAGCAAAGUUAUUAAAACAGAGUUAUUUUACAACAUUCAAACACCAGGAAUUUAUGAAUAUUUCUUUAACAGCACAGAAACUGGUUUACUCAUAUUUUGAUAACUUUAGUAAAUCGAGGACCAUCAUUGAUACUGAUCUCUAUUAACUAGCUUCUAAAAACUGCCUGCGUAUUGGGCUAAUGAACAUUUCCCCUAUGAGAAAAACGAAUUAAAUAAGAUUAUGCAGUUGAACAGUAUGAACAUUAAUAGGAAAGUGAUGAAAAUGUUGGGAAUUACCUGUUUGUCAUUUGUGUAUAUAAUAAAUAAUUAACAUUAAACUCUAAAA